AUGCCCAAGGCAGUGGUAGGCCGCAUCAUUCAGCUUCAGAGACACUUUUUAUUGGGAAAAAAAGGAGACAAUGGAGGGAACCUCAUUGCAUGGGAUACCAUUCAGAAACCACGCAAUCAGGGAGGCUUGGGUGCUGGUGAUAUUUCUCUGAAGAAUGUGGCCUUACUUUUCAAAUGGUGGUGGAGACUUGCAGAUGACCAAAAACCAUUGUGGAAGGAUGUUAUCAAAUCAAACCAUGAGUUUAAACAUCUCGGUGAUUUCCAAGAGAGAAAGAAGCAGAGCAGAACAAGCAUAUGGGGGCAAAUUACAGAUUUUGGGACCUUUAACAAAGAAAUACAAGAGAUUGCAAAUAUAGGAAUUCGAGUAAAAGUGGGGAAUUGGGCCUGUACUAGCUUCUGGCUUGAUAAAUGGAUAGGGGAUACAAGCCUUAGAAUUUUGUUCCCACGGCUGUUUGGAUUGUCUAAACAGAAAGAUGAUCUUAUUAUGGAUAUGGGAGAGUGGGAGAGAGGAGUUUGGAGGUGGGAGUUUAAAUGGAGAAGAAAAUUGUUCGCUUGGGAAGAGGAUUUGCUUAUGGAACUUUUACUAGCUGUGAAUCAAUCCCCCUUGAGAUUAAAUACGAGCGAUGUGAGGGCUUGGUCUGGUGGCAAAUUUGGUUUGUUUUCUGUUUCUAACUUUGCAUUGCAGGUCAACAAGCAGCUGGAGAUCGCUAGCUCUCCACCACACCAGGGAAUACUUGCAUGGAGAAAUGCUGCACCACCACGAGCACAACUCCACAUGUGGUUUAUCCUCCAUGGAAAACUCAAUACUAAAGUCAGACUCUACCGAUUUGGAGUUAAAGGGAUUGAUGAUGACCGAUGUGUGCUUUGCAAAGAGGAACCGGAAUCUAUUGAACAUCUCUUUUUUGGUUGCAAGAUAUCCAGCAGCUUAUGGUACUCAUGCUGUGAGCGAUGGAACAUCUCCAUGUGUCUUCCUAAUCAACCAAAGGCAUGUCUUCUCUCCUGGCUUGGCGCCCCGUUUAGAGAUCAUGAAAAGAGGAUUUGGACGACCAUGUUUUAUGUCAUUUCAUGGUCUAUAUGGGACAUCCACAAUAAGGUUGCCUUUCAAAAUUUCAACCCCAUUUGGGAGAUUGAGAAGAAGCGACUUUUUUGUCGUCUUGAAAGUUGGAUGAAAGGACGUGGCCAGGUUCCGUGGCGGCAGGAGAUUCGAUUGUUAAGGUGA